UUCAUUUUAUGGGCUGGGUCUCACCCUUUAAUAAAAAACGAAAAAAGGCCCGGAAUAAACCGCUCGAACACGGUUCAUGAAACAAUACAAUAGAAACCUAGUCCCUAAAAAUUCGAAAGAAACUAUUUUUUUUUUCAAUCUCUUCUAUAUUCAAUCCUACUUGUCCUCGAGGCUGUCAGUAAAUCAAUUUUUGGUUUUGGGUUUUUGCUUCUUGAUUAAUCGGUAGUUGAAUUAACCCCUCAACAAUGUCUGCUCCAUUGACGCCUUCUAAGAGACCACACGAUAGGAACCCUUCAGAGCUGAAUGGGAAAAGAAAGUUGCAAAAGUCAGACCAAUCUAAAAUUUCAUCCGGUGGUAUUGUUUUCCGUGUACUAUGUCCGGAAGCUAAAUCUGCUAGUGUCAUUGGCAAAGAUGGCACUUUAAUAUCACAAAUUCUUCAAGAAACUGGUGCAAAUGUCAAAAUCGAGGAGGCUAUCCCUGGUUGUGAUGAGAUAGUAAUUGCCAUCAUGGGUUCUGGAUCUUCUGAUAAAGAUACUGAAGUUGGUACAGUGCAAGGAAAGGAGGAUGGUGGUGACGGAGCUGAUGCAGGCAAUCGGAGUGAUGAAGAAAAAGGAAAUGAUGAAAACAACAAUGCUAAGGCUUUAAAAUCUGUAAAUGAAAAUUCCCGCGUGCAGGAGGCUUUGUUACUUGUUUUUGAAAGAAUGGCUGAAACAGAGCGAAAUUCAGAUGGAGUUGAUAAAGAAACCGAAACUGUUAAGUCUUUCACAAUGGUUUUAAGGUUGCUUGUUCUUUCUAGUCAAGUUGGCUGCCUUUUUGGUAAAGGUGGCAGUGUAAUUAAGCAAAUGUCUGCCGACAGUGGGGCACAAAUUCGAAUUCUUCCCAGAGACAAACUUCCCGCGUGUGCUUCAGCUUCCUAUGAAUUAGUUCAGAUUACUGGGGAGUUUGAUGCAGUUCGGAAAGCUCUUCAAUCUGUUUCUCAACAGCUAAUAGAAAAUCCACCUCGGGAUCAUGACUCGUUCCCUCUCAACACAACCGGCCAGUCAUCCCAUUCUUUUGGUCCUAGGCCUGAAGUCCACCCACCACCAAACCAUUCUUUAAGUUCUCAGGGAGCACCCUUUGCUGCAGGACCUCGGGAUGUUGAGCAUCAUUCACCUCUUCCCCCUCAUAUGCCUGGAAGAAUGAUGCCUUCUCUGGAAAUGCUAACAUUCCGGUUAUUGUGUCAUGAUGACAAAGUUGGUGCUGUCAUUGGAAAGGGCGGAGCAAUAAUUAAGACUCUUAAGCAAGAAACAGGCUGUGAUAUCAAAGUUGUGGAAGCUAUUCCUGAUUGUGAGGACCGCGUAAUUAUCGUAUCUAGUCCGGCGCACCCAGAUGAUAGGAUAUCACCUGCACAAGAUGCAGUUCUUCGUGUACUCGGUAGGUUAUUUAGGGCUAUGCCUGAUAGCAAGGACAAGACUAUGAUGGUUAGGCUUCUUGUAUCAUCGAAUCAAAUUGGUUGUCUCCUUGGCAAAGGUGGUGCCAUUAUAGCUGAAAUGAGGAAGUCAUCUGGGGCUCAUAUUCGAAUAUUGGGAAAGGAUCAGGUUCCAAAGUGUGCUUCCGAAGGUGAAGAAGUUGUUCAGAUUAAUGGUGAUCAUGAAACUGUUCGAGAUGCUAUUAUGCAAAUAACAUCUAGGCUGCGACAUCAUUUCUUUCGUGAUAUGUUUCCUUCUAUUAACCAUCCUUCGAAUCCCGGUUUCAUGGACCAAGGACUCCCAUUCCCUUCGUUUAUGGGAAGGAGAGAAUUUUCACCUCCGGGAUUAGGUCCUUUUCAUCAUUUUGAUGCUUUUGGUGGACCACCUCCACAUGGUGGUUUUCACCCACAUGAGCCUCCUUUUAUGCGCAAUAUUCAUCGACCAGGCAUGCCUCCUCAUACAUCCGAAAGAAAACCAUGGGGUCCUCAGGGAUAUUUAGGCAUGCCAGAUUUCUCUGGACCACCCCACCGAAGAAUUUCCGGUUUUGGAGGAGGAAGCCAACCGGCUGUUAUCACAAGCACAACUAUUGAAGUUGUUGUUCCUCGUUCCCUUGUUCCUAUAAUUUAUGGAGAAGAUGGCGCAUGUUUAAAACAGAUACGUCAGAUUUCUGAUGCGAAAAUUACAAUUACCGAACCCAAGCCUGCAGCAACUGAAACUGCAAUUACAAUAUCUGGAACACCCGAACAAACGCAUGCAGCUCAGUCUUUAAUACAGGCAUUUGUGAUGAGUGAGACCGAAUCUACUUGAAUUAAUAAUAAGGAUGCUACCAUCGUGUGUUUAAUUUGUGUUCUUAAAAGAACUUUCUUUACUUAGCAAACAAACAUGAAAGUUAAAAUACGGUUUUGAAGAGUAUAAGGAGUUAUGACAUAUUUUAACAUUUCCUCCAUAAUUGACUUUGAAUGGUGCUUUAAAAGAUUAAAUUAUGGUUUUGGUCCUUUUAUUAUGUUUGAAUUUGGGAUUGAGUGCCUUUAUUUUAAUUUGGUAUAAUUUAAUCCGUAUAAUGUUAAUAGUUAAUUUAAAUAGAUAACACUGUUAAUUAUUCCAGUCAAAAAAAGAGAACUUUAUUUCAAUAUGAUGAAAAUUCAUGCCAAUAUUCGGAAUAACUAAUUACAUUAUAGAAAUAAACGGAUCAAAUUGUAUCAAAUUAAAAUUGGUUACUCUAUUCUCUUUCAAAAGGAACCACACUACAACAAGCAGAUUUGCGUAUGGAAUACAUAAGUGAAGACAACAAUAAAUUACAUUUACUGCAAACUCUGUCUUAUUGAACAAUGUUAAGUAUUUCA